AUGGCUGUGGAUACUGUUGUUCUGACCGAGCGGGAGUUGGAGCGCUUGCAGCUUGGUGGUGCGGAGACUCUUGACCUGGUCAACCAGGCGCAGGAGAGUGAUGCAGCGGACAGACUGUUGACGAUCCGUGCCGCCUUGAGCAAGUACAAGAAAGCUGUUUUCUGGGCCAUGUUCUUGUCUACCAGUUUGAUCAUGGAGGGUUACGAUUUGGUUAUUAUAACCUCCUUCUACGGCCAAACCCAGUUCCAAGAGCGAUUUGGAGUGUAUGACCCGGCCACUGAACAUAACCUCAUCCCUGCUGCAUGGCAAUCUGGCCUGUCCAACUCUUCCGUCGUCGGGCAGCUUGCCGGUCUUGUUGUCAACAUGUAUGCCCAGGACCACUUUGGCUGUCGUCCCACUAUGAUGUUCUUCAUGGCAUGGAUGACUGUAACGAUCUUCAUCCCUGUUUUCGCGCCGUCGCUGCCGGUCCUGGCAUUUGGAGAGGCCAUGUGUGGUGUCUCCUGGGGUGUAUUCCAGACUCUUUCCACUAGCUACGCCUGUGAAGUUGUCCCCACCGUUCUUAGACCUUACGUCACAGCCUAUGUCUGCAUGUGCUGGGGGGCGGGUAUUCUCCUCUCCUCUGGAGUUGUCCGAGCUGUGGCCAGUCUUGAAGGAGAUAUUGGCUGGCGACUUCCCUUUGCGAUUCAAUGGGUCUGGCCUAUCCCGCUCCUGAUCGGUGCUUAUCUCGCUCCCGAAUCUCCCUGGAACGCAGUCCGACGAGGCCAAAUCAGUGAGGCGAGGGAAGCGCUCUUGCGAUUGCGUCAGGACACCCCUAACAAGGAGCGCGAUGUGGACGCUACCUUGGCGUAUAUCCGGUACACUACUGAGCUGGAGAAGGCAGAGACGGAUGGAGCUUCGAUCUGGGAUUGCUUCAAGGGUGCAAAUCUGCGCCGAACUGAGAUCAACUGUGUCGUCUGGGCCGCGCAAAUCCUCUGCGGUAAUGCCAUUCUCGGUUACUCCGUUACAUUCCUCGAGGCCGCCGGCUUCACCUCAAUCCAGGCCUUUGACGUGAACAUCGCGCUCUCAUCAUGCUACAUCAUCGGCGGUAUUAUCUGUUGGUUCCUUUUCCCGCACUUUGGCCGUGCCACAAUUUACAUGACGGGUCUCACGUUAAUGUUCUUCUGUCUUAUUGCCAUCGGUGGUCUUGGCUGGGCGAGCGGCACUAAAUCCCAGCUCGCGGUUGGCAUUUUGCUGGUCAUCUCUACACUUGUCAACAUGAUUACCAUCGGGCCCGUCUGCUAUCCCAUCGUCGCUGAGACACCAUCCGGACGCUUGCGCUACAAGACUAUUACCAUCGGCAGAUUCGUCUACAACCUCACUGGAAUCUUCCAGAACUCUGUGACCCCUCACAUGAUUUCGUCCACCUCAUGGAACUGGGGCGCCAAAACCGCGCUCUUCUACGCCGGCACCAAUCUCCUCUGCAACCUCUGGUGUUGGUUCCGUCUCCCAGAGACCAAGGACCGCACCUUUGGUGAAAUCGAUCUUCUCUUCGCUAAUAACGUGCCCGCACGCAAGUUCAGGACUACCAGAGUCGAACAAUUUUCUCAGCAAGAAUAUGUUCCCAAAGAAGCGGAGGCUGGUGUGCAGUCUACUACCCAUGUGGAGGAUCUCUGA